AUGGGUGGUGUUACCGUUCGCGAUGUGGACGCGCAGAAGUUCAUUGCUGCCUACUCCGCUUUCCUGAAGCGUCAGGGAAAGCUCCCCAUCCCCGGCUGGGACGCUGACUGGUUCUACGUUCGCGCCGCUGCCGUCGCCCGUCACAUCUACAUGCGCAAGACCGUCGGUGUCGGCCGUCUCCGCAAGGUCCACGGUUCCACCAAGAACCGCGGUUCCCGCCCUGCCCACCACGUUGACGCCUCCGGCUCCGUUGACCGCAAGGCUCUCCAGGCCCUCGAGAAGAUCGGUGUCCUUGAGCACGACGAGGACAAGGGUGGCCGCCGCAUCACCCAGUCCGGCCAGCGUGAUCUUGACCGUAUUGCCAAGACCACCGUUGACGAGGAGGAGUCUGAUGAGGAGUAA